AUGACAGAGCCCCAGCAGCUAGGCGACGCCGUGGUCGCCUUUGCUUUGGAAGGAACCUUCCCCGACGACAUUUCCUCCUUCCCACCCGUGUCGACGACCGAACUUGACCCUGCCAUCGAGAUUCUAGAGAAGACCAAGACCGAGCUUGAGGCAGAGAUACACACAGUGAAUGAAGAGACAAGAGGGGAGGUCAGCUCCUGGGAAAGGAAUGCAAAGAGCCUACAGGAAGACAUUAUUCGUUCCAAGACGAUCGCCAACGAGAUCCUUCGCCAAUCCGAAGCACCAGAAACAUCAGGAGAGGCCAUAGAAGAUGCCGAAGAGAAAGCACAAUUUCUCAAUCGAGAGGUGCAAUACACGCAACAGCUAUAUGGAGUUCUUAAGGGGAUUCAGUAUGUGAACCAGUUGCUGGGUGAUGUUGAGAAAGCCUCAAAGGAACGGCGCAUUCUCGACUCUCUGCGCCUCCUAGAAAAGUCAUGGGCUGCGAUUGAUGAGUUAGGGGUGAGCAAAACGUGCCGUGUGAUGAGACUGUUGGAUAUCAGGUCCUUUGAACUUAAAUCGGAAGUCCACGCAGUUUUUGAUAGAGUCUGGAAAGAGUUGGUGCAGGUAGAUAUCGCCACUGGUCAAGUUGCUAUCUACAAUGUUCUCCAAGAUGAUCAAAUGACUUUGGCCGAUGCUGUUAUCGGCCUGAAAGCCUAUAAAGAAGUCGCUGAGCGAAUGGAGCAGCUCUGGCGCAACAUUGAUGCUGCUAUUGUGUCGCCACGCAUGAACAAGCAAGCUGCUUCGCUGCCCAAGAUACAAGUCUUGGGCGAUCUCAUGGAACUUGAUGGGCGAGCUGAUCACUCCAUUGAAGCACUUAUUGCUGACUUGAAGAAGAUGUUCACACUGCUCGCCAGCAAGCUCCCUGAGGACCUUCUUCAAUCCCUCUGCCCCUUUAUAAUGAGCGACCUUGUUCCGAAGCUGAUACAAGACUGGCUGAGUCCCGCGAUCCCAACCUCAUUGGACCAUCUUGCUCAAUUUGAGCAAAUGAUCGAAGACACAGCAAGUCUUUGCCGAGUUCUUGUUGAAAAUGGAUACUCUGGAUUUGAACAGAUACAAAAUUGGGUUGAUAAUGCCCCCGAGAAGUGGCUUGGAAAAUGCCGGGAAACGGCUCUUGACACAAUUCGGAGUAGUCUCGCGAAGGGAAUAGGAGGGUCCAAGCCAGUAGAAAAGGUUGAGAAACAGAUGGUCUCCCUAUCUGAGGGCAAAGAACUGGCCAACACCGGGGCCGGGGCAACUGCAGAGACAAAUGACUGGGGUGACUGGGGUGAUGAGUGGAACAACGAAGACGACAAUGCUACACAAGAGCCGAAAUCGACUGACUCAAAGGCGAAUGAUGAGGCUGAUGGCGCUGAGGACGAUGGCGCUGAGGCAUGGGGUUGGGAUGAUGACGAUGGCGAGAAACUUUCAGAAGAAACGAAGAAGGACGCGAGCGCAGACGAUGAAGAUGAAAGUGCAGAAGCUUGGGGCUGGGGUGAGGAAGAUGUUGCCGCCAAGACCCCCGAGAAACCUUCUAAGUCUCCUAGAAAGCCAAAGGGUGGCAGUGCGCCAGAGGAAACGAGGGAACUCGUUCUCAAGGAAACCUACCAUAUCUCCUCUAUGCCAGAACCUGUUCUGGAUCUUAUCUUUUCAAUUUUGGAAGAUGCAGCUGCCUUAUCUAAGGACGGGGCGAAAUAUGGUCAUGUCGCAUCAACUGCUCCUGGGCUCUUUGGUCUGCCGACCAUGGCACUCGCGCUCUUUCGGGCUGUCUCUCCCCAUUACUAUUACCUUGACGGGGGAGGAAAUAUGUUCCUUUACAACGACGCCCUGUAUCUCGCUGAACGUCUCUCUACCUUCUCUGCAGAGUGGAAGCAGCGGAAUGACCUGACGGCUCAAGCCAAAGAUCUAUUGGCAUUCCAAGCCGACGUCAAGAGUCUCCAGGCGUUUGCCAAUAGGAGCUAUACUAACGAAAUGAAUGUACAGAAGACAGUCCUACGAGAUUUGAUAGGCGGGUCUCAGAGCCUGACAGGACAGGAUGAGUGGGAGGCGGCCAUCGAGUCCGGUACAGCUCGGAUUCGGACCAUGGCCGCCACCUGGGAACCCAUUCUUGCACGCUCUGUCUGGUCACAAGCAGUGGGGUCAUUGGCAGACGCCUUGGCCACAAAGCUCAUCACUGACGUGCUGGAGAUGCCCUCGAUAGGUCAGGAGGAAGCAUACAGUAUCGCAAAGGCAAUUGCCAAGGCCACGGAGCUGGACGAUCUCUUCCUACCUAGCAGAACAUCCGGCGCACCGCCUUCGGACGAUGAAGUUCCAACUACAGCUCAAUAUGCACCUAGCUGGUUACGGUUAAAGUAUCUCAGCGAGGUGCUGCAGAGCAACCUGAACGAGGUCAAGUACCUGUGGUGUGACAGUGAACUGAGCCUGUACUUCAGCCUUGGAGAGGUGGUGGACCUGAUCGAAGCCAGUUUUGAAAACAACGCAAGGACAAAGUCAACUAUUCGGGAAAUACAGGCUAAACCUGAACCAUUUCGAUGA